AUGGUCUUCUAUAAGAUAACUCUCUCGAGAUCGACUAUAGGGCUUCCUCAGGCCACCAAAAACAUCGCAGCGAGUCUGGGUUUGGGUAAGACGGGAUCCGUGGUGUAUCGUAAAGUGAGCCCGGCAAUUGCAGGGUCCAUCGCCAAGAUCAAAGAGGUUGUUAGUGUGGAGGUGACGGAAAAUGCAUUGACGCCGGAACAGCAGCGCGAGCUGCGAAAAUCCAAGCCAGGGUUCACGGUGGAGAAAAGGUUGUAG